AUGCCCGACGUCGUCACCAUCUUGACGAAAGACCCCAAGUCGGUGCCGACGACCGCGGCCUGGCUGGCGGCACUGGCGGCCGUCACGAUGCUCAUCGAGAGCAAUUUUCUCGAACACAUGGAUAUAGCUUGGCUUGGAUUUCCAAUCUGGACGCCAGGGACCCCGUUUUACGGGCAAUGGUAUCGGGCCCUCGCGUCUCUCUGCACACUGGGCUCUUUGAGCUUCUCGACAUUGAUCUCUGUGUACUUCAUCGCGUCGACCGCGGUCCCGUACGAGCUAGCUGUGGGAAGGGCUCUCUUCUUCUGGCACAUGCUCUUAGGCACUGUCGCCGUCUUGGGGGUUUGUGCAAUCGGUGGCGUCGUUCCGGGCCGUGGCUACCCCGAGUUUUAUUUUCCGGCAGCAGCACUGGCUCACUACAUCGAGACUCUUCAUUUGUGCUACCAGCCUGAUUAUGUGGUGUCGAUUAUGGGCGUCCGUCACGUCAAAAUGAAGCACGUGCCUCUCUUUCACAUGGGCUAUGGUAUCUUUAUGGACAAUCGCUGGAUCAAUAUGGGUCUCUUAAUUGGCUACGUGGUAGGGCAUUUCGUGCACUCCAAUUUUAAGCUCUUCCCGUGGCUCGAGAAUCCGUACCUGGCGUUGGCCGCGCUGGCCGAGGAGGAUAACCGGGGCGCGCCGGCCGCCGCACCGAGACGCGAGGCGCCGGCCGCCGCGGCCGACGAUCCCGCAGCCACGCGCGCGGAAGGACCAGUCGCCCUCAAAAUCGGCGACGCCGUCACCUUCGCCUUCCCGGACACGUCCGCGAACGCGCCGCUUACCGGCAAGCGCGGCGUCGUCGAGGCGCUCCCCGGAGGCGGCGAUUUCCCCGACCGCUACGUUGUCUUCCUCGCCGCGACGGCGGACUCCGGUCAGCGCCGCCUCGCGGUGAAGCGCGAGCACCUCGAGUUCUUCGCGCGAGGCCUUUGA